GUUGAACUCUCCUAAUACAUUUAAAAUAGGAUUUGAUAAUUCAAAUAUUUGUUUUGUGAAGUAUCAUACAUUGGGAUCUAAGUGCUGAGGACGUUUGGACUAAAAAUUGCUCUGAGACAGAUGUAAGUCAGUUCCUGUACAAGUUCUUUUGAACUAGGUUUGGAAGAACCAUUCACUCACACCUUCAGUUUUCUAUAGCAACCCAACUGUCAAUAGCCAACUGACAGCAGAUCCUUGCCUCUGAGACAGACCUCCUGCUCUCUAGAGAUCCAAGGGGCAAAAAGCCCUUUAAAGGCUAAAACCAAAAGCCCUCUCAGUAAACUCAGGCCUGCCUUUAUAUUCCAAGAACUCAACGCCAAUUCACACUACCAGCAACCAACCCCCAAAGACCAACUCAAGCCCAGCAGCCAACUUUCCCUGCAACUGCCAGCCUUAAUUGUCUGUAAUUGACCCACCAUCAGCAACUCCCUCUUCUAACUGUCUACAACUGAUACUGGCUCAGCAGGGGGCUCCCUGUCCUCCUGCCUGUCACAGUGGACUGGUUAAUCCCUACACAUCUCUAUGAUAUGCUGAGAAAUCAUCAUACCUCAAACCAUACCAGUUAUGACCCACCCAUCCUAAAAAUAUGGAAGGAGAGGCAAGGAGUUCUUGGAGAAUCCACAAUGCAGGCUUCUGAAGACCUUCUCAGAGAGCACUACAUUGACCUGAAGGAUCGCCCCUUCUAUGCAGGCUUGGUAAAGUACAUGCAUUCUGGGCCUGUAGUAGCCAUGGUCUGGGAGGGGCUGAAUGUGGUGAAGACAGGUCGAAUGAUGGUAGGAGAGACCAACCCGGCAGAUUCCAAACCAGGGACUGUCCGUGGGGACUUCUGUAUUCAAUCUGGCAGGAAUAUUAUUCAUGGCAGUGACUCAGUGGAGAGUGCUGAGAAGGAGAUAGGCUUGUGGUUUCAUCCUAAUGAAUUGGUUGAUUACAAGAGCCAUGCCCAGCAGUGGAUCUAUGAGUAAUAUGGAGAAAGCAUAUUGAGCUUUAUGGAGACUUCUGUGUUUGCUGUUUACUUUGGCUGUACAGUGUUACAUCUUUCUGAUCAUAUUAAAAGGUCAUUGGAGCUA